AUGACACCCAAGAAGAAGACGAGUAGUAAAAUGACAAAAUUGAAAAUUUUAUAUCGUCGACGAACGAAUAUUUUGGGCUCCGCAAACCUAAUUAAAUCGUUUAACGACACGUUCGACCCUGCUAAUAGUGGUCAAGUGCCCAUUCGCAUUCAACGUCUUGAUGCGCUAUGGCGUGAAUUCGAGGAAACUCAAGAAGAAAUUGAGAUCUUGGAGGAAGCAGAACAGGAUUUCCUCCAAGAAAGAGAAGAGUUCCAAACCCUUUAUUACGAGCUCAAAGCGUCGUUACAGGGUAAACUUCCUGUACAACCACCCGUACCUCCGCCGCUUCCUCCUGCCCAACCAUUGAAUUCCUCCGUUCCUAUUUCGUCAAGCGUUCGUUUGCCCGAAAUUAAAUUAAAAGAGUUCACGGGUAAUCUCGAAGAUUGGAUUCCGUUUCGCGAUCUGUUCGUCUCGCUUAUACACUCGAGCGUGCAGCUAACUGCGGUGCAGAAAAUGCAUUAUUUACGAGCUGUACUCCAUGGCGAUGCAGCUCGUAUAAUUUCUUCGCUAGAGAUUUCUGCCAAUAACUAUCUCAUUGCGUGGAAUUUGUUGAAGGAACGAUACGAAAACCCGAAAUUGUUGGUAAAACGGCACCUGUCUGCCAUACUCACAAUUCCUGCGUUAAAAAAGGAGUCUGCACAGGGCCUUGCAGAACUUGCUGACGAGUUCGAUCGCCAUGUGCAACUGUUGGAUAAACUCGACGGUGCUGAGAACCACUGGAAUUCAUUCCUGGUCGAACGGUUGAGCCAAUGCCUUGAUCACAUUACACUUCGUGAGUGGGAAACACACGUUUCUGAAGACGACGAUUAUCCGAAGUAUCAAGAACUCCUCGAAUUUAUCCACAGAAGAUCGCGAAUCGCACAAACUCUUAAGCUCUCCCAAUCGGCAAACGUCCAAUCCGAGAAUAAGCACCCCAAAUCACGGGCAAUCACUUCCCACAUCGCCUCUGACAAUGGGCCCAGGUGUGUCAGCUGUAAGCAAGCACACUUCCUGUUCCAGUGUGAACAAUUUCGAACGCUCUCCCCCCAACAACGGUUUGAAGUCGUGAAGAAGCAUGGACUGUGCAUCAAUUGUUUGAAAGGAACACAUCAAGCGAAGAACUGUUCCAGCGGGUCCUGUAAAAGCUGUGCGAAGAAACAUCAUUCGUUAUUACAUCUGCCUCCCCUCUCAUCGGCCACUGGUUCACAACCAGUAACAACAACAAAGCCACCGGUGCUGAACAAACCCGUUGAAGCAAAUAGUUCGCAAUCGUGUCAAAUGUCGCACUUCAUUCCGAAUCGUGUCGAAGGCUCGCCGUCAGAAGAGCCCGCGGUAGUCUUACCACCUGUCACACCAUCGGUUCUCUCGCAGUCGUCGCGCGGUAGUUCUCUCCCAAAUCAUUCAGUGUCGUCGGUUGAUUUCGUUGUAAACCCUCCAUCCACUGCCUGUCAAAGUGCAGAAGUGAUCACCCAAGCUCGGCAGUCAACAGUUAUUCUGUCAACCGCAGUGAUUAAAGUGAAAGACGUUGAUAACAAAUACAUUCUCGCCAGAGCUCUGUUAAACAGCGGCUCACAGCCAAGCUUUAUCUCUGAAGCUUUGUGCCAAAAGCUAAGACUGAAGCGGACAAGGUUAAACUCACCAGUUAGUGGAAUCGGACAAUCCGUAGUCAACGUUCGCUACUCUGUAUCGUUAGCCAUUUCUUCUCGUUUCGAAACAUUCACUGCUCAAUUGGACUGCCUGGUACUACCGAAGCUUACCGUUUCACUGCCUAGUCACCACAUAGACGUCUCUCGCUGGAGAAUCCCCCGGAAUCUCCCUCUCGCUGAUCCACAGUUCAACAUCAGUCAAAGUGUGGACAUUAUCAUCGGAGCAUCACUGUUCUAUGAACUGCUCGAACAUGACAAAAUCUCGCUUGCUGCUGGAUAUCCAACGCUGCAGAAGACAGUGCUGGGAUACAUAGUCUAUCAGUUCUGGAAAAUUGAAAACUUUGACGAAGGUAAAGCACUCAAUCCAGAUGAACAACAUUGCGAAGAGCAUUUCCAAGCCACCGUCGCCCGUGAUGAUACGGGCCGCUAUAUUGUCCGUCUGCCGCUCAAGGAAGAAAAGCUAUCAAUGCUUGGAGAUUCGCAUACUGCUGCCCUGCGGAGAUUCCAACAAAUGGAAAAAAGGUUUGCUAGCGAUCAAGAUCUUCGUCAUAGCUACAUGCAGUUCAUGAGUGAAUACGAGAGCUUGGGUCACAUGGAAGAGGUAUCCGUCGCGUCGCGUAGCCCACAGUUUUUUCUUCCCCACCAUGCCAUCCAGCGCCCAGAGAGUACAACUACCAAAACACGUGUGGUGUUCGACGGAUCCUGCCGAGGGCCUGCCUCGAUAUCGUUGAACGAUGCACUGUAUAUCGGACCCACAGUGCAACCAGCCCUCUUUUCUACCGUCGUAAACUUCCGUCUACCACGUUUCGCCAUCACCGCUGAUGCGGAGAAAAUGUUCCGGCAAAUAUGGAUCCACCCAGAUGACCGGAAAUACCAGCAGAUCCUCUGGCGGGACAAUCCAUCCGAUAAUAUUCGAUCGUAUCAACUGAAAACCGUUACGUACGGUUUGGCAAGCUCACCGUUCCACGCUGCUCGCGUGCUGAAUCAACUAGCCAUCGACGAAGGUCAUCGUUUCCCACUAGCUGUUCCAGUCAUUCUGAAAGGCACCUACGUGGACGACGUCAUCUCAGGACACGACAAUCACGACACUAUGGUCGAAACAUGUGAGCAGCUGAUGGAGAUCAUGAAGUCUGUAGCGUUUGUUUUGCGAAAGCGGGCUGCAAAUUACAAAACGGUUCUCAGCAAAGCUCCCCAAGAGUUGUGGGAAACAUUUGCAGAAUUAGAGUUCGACCGUUCGCAAUUAAUCAAAACACUGGGUCUGCUGUGGUUCCCCCAAAAGGACGAGUUCAAGUUCAAAGUCCCAGCACUUCCUGAAUGA